CCGAAACCUCGUGUGACUUGUCAUAAACUGCGUCACACUUGCUGUCAAAAGACACGGUUUUAAAAACAAUGUAUGCGGUCUCACAUCUAUAAGUCGGUCUUAUCUACACAGUCGAGAUAUAGUGUUAUAAGAACCAUCCUAAGGAUCGUACGCCCACAGAUAGUGGUGACGAUAUAAUGGCAAUUUCUCUUGUCCAACUGAUCUGGAUUGUCUGUAUAUUUGGACUGAUCGAUGGAGACCAAAACAGUCGGCACCGGAAGUCAGAGUACAUUGAGGAUCACUGCAGUCAAAGGAUCAAACUGCCCUUGUUUCAGAGACUUGCGUUGACACGUGACGUAUUCUACAAGGAUGGCUGGCGCUGUGAUGUCACAUUGGAGGCGGAGGCUAAUCACGUGGUGUCAAUCUCUUUCAAAAAGUUUGAUAUUGGUCGCUCCAAACUAAAAGUAUGUAAGGAUGUUCUUCGGAUAUAUGAUGGUGAUAGCAUCAAAUCAUCAGAAAUGACGUCAGCCAAAGGUCUUUGUGGUCAGCUGAUUCCAAAACAGUUCGUGUCUAGCACUAAAACAAUGACCCUCAAAUUUAAAAGUCGAUAUCUUACGGCCAGCGCUGGGUUCACCGUAGAAGUCACAUCAUUUGGAGUCUUUAAAGAGAACUCAGAUUCCGGGGCGUGUCCAAACAACAGCUUCCGUUGCAUGGACACUUUUUGCCUAGACCGAAGUUUGGUGUGUGACGGUGUGCCGAACUGCCGCGACAAAUCAGACGAGUCUGCGCAACUUGCGGGUUGUCAAGGUUUUAAUGCCGGCUUGAUAGACUUGAGCGUUGGAGCUAGGGUAGGUAUAUUUGUCGCAGUUGCCCUUCUUCUCAUUGGGAUGUGUUGGACGAUAGUGUACUGUUUCUGUGGUUCCUCGUCAGCGAAAACUGUGUAUGUUCCUUACAAAAAGAUUUAGACUGAACAUUUUGCACGUCAAUGUGUUUGCCGUGGACCCAACUUGGAAUGAUAUCAAAGAUGUGAUAAAAAAAACCUAUAAGAUCACGAACCUUAUACAGAUUCAUCGGCCGAUCCAGCACGACCAAUUUACAAGGGUCCGGCCCUACCAGUGGUAGAACUAACAAAAUCAAGCAGGGAUUAACGAUAUCGUAUGAUA